CGUGUUAACUGUCAUGUUCAUGUACUCAUGUGCGUUCUUUUUUGUUUGACUGAUAUUUUGAUUUAUAUUUGUACCGGCGUUAUUUCUAUGUUUUAAAAUAUCUAGUGUUUUAAAACAUUAGAUAUUGUUAAAAUUAAUUCCUCCCAGUUCACAAAAGUAAAAACUUUUGUAAUUAAAGUCCAUCUCGCUCAAAAUGGAUAGUAAAAUAAAAAAAUGCUGUCCCAACUGUUGUCAACUGUAUCAGCUAAAAUCAUUAUCUCCCAAAGGAUAUGGCAAUAUACCACUGUUUCUAAAAUGUGGGCAUUCGAUGUGUGAAAAUUGUGUGAGCAAUAUUGUAAAAUUUGCUGAACCCAUAGAAUGCAAAGUGUGCCAUCAAGAUAUGAUAUUAACUCCUGAAGAUCAAGUUCUCCUGAUGGAAAAUAGUAUUAAACUAUAUGACUUAUUUCCUAUAAAUGUGUAUAUGCUUGGUGAAUUAGCACAACAACAUAUUGAGCAAAAGUUUCAAUCCUAUUCUACUGAUGUGCCAUGCUUUAUAGAUCUUGAUACUAUUAUAAAGAGUACUGAGACUACAGAAGGAAAAUGCUUAGAGUGCCAUGCUACUACAUCAAAAAUGUGUCAACAAUGUUCAACUAUAAUGUGUGUUAGCUGUUUCAAUAAAAGCCACAAAAACUUUGUUAUUUUUCAAAACCAUGUUUUAGAAAACAUAGGAUUUAAGAUCAAACCUAGCACAUGCAAAAUUCAUAAGGAAAAACCAUUGGAUUACUACUGCAAAUCUUGUGUGAAAUCUAUUUGUAUGGAUUGUUUUAUGGUUGGUGGAGAAAAAUCCUGCAAAUCUCAUGAUGUUGUCUCUGUUAAUGAAGUGAAUGAAAGUUUCUUAUCUGAACUAUCAGAAAUUACUCCCAAAAUUGAUGAACUGUACAGAAGACUCACUAAAACUGCAGUUGAUAUUGGGAACAUAUUGUUAAAUUUUCAAAAUGAUGCUGCACCAUCCGAUGUCACUAAAAUGAUAAAUAAUGUUGAACAACAAUACUCAAAAAUAUUUGCUCAAAUUCAAUCUCAGAAAGAUGAAAUUAUUCAAACCCUAAUGAAAGCAAAAUUAUCUGAAAAGGAAUCUUUGCUCAAAGCAAGAAGUGAUAUUGAAAACUCUAUUAAAAAAUCCAAAACAUUCCUCAAUGUGAUCACAUCUCUCGAUGGAAGCCAACUUAAAGAGGCAAAUAUAUCUGCAAUACUUAAAGAUGCGAAAGAACUUCUCGAACUACCAUGGUAUUUAAAAAUAAAUGAUGAACGAGAACCUCUCAAGAUAACUGUAAAUGAGGAACUAUCUGAUAAGGUUAAAGAUUAUGUGCACUUAGCUGGUAAUGGAAAUUUUGAAUUCAAAUUAUGUUCAACAUCAGAAAUUGAAAAUGCCAAAAUUGAGAUUCCUGCUGCCCCCUCUUCUGUAGUAUACCCACCGCAAUUAGUUCAAGAUGUUCGUCAAAGUAAUAAACCUAAUAAUAAAGAUAAGGAGCCCAUGAAAACACCAACAUUAUACAAAAAAGCACCUAAGUAUCGGGCCAAAAGUGGAUCAUGUUCAUCAAUUAAUUCUAUGAAUAGUGACGCCUCAUAUCCUAGUUCAUACGAUCAAUACACUAAGCCAGUUGUUCAACCAGUGAUGCCCUUCCCCGAGAGUCAAUAUCCAAAAUUGCAGGAAGGUAGUCAAGAGCUAAUAUACAUAUCGCAUAUCGUGGAUCCGCAUAACUUCUUUGUACAACGCGCCUGUCACCAAUCACGUGUUGAAGAAUUGCUACGGGAAUUCCGCAAUGCAAUUUCGUUGCCUACACCAUCCGCACACCAUGUGACUGAGGGCAAAGUAUACUUGGUGCACAACGAAGUCGAUAAUCUGUGGAUGCGCUGUCGCAUCGUAAGCAUCGAUCGUCGCAACGCUAACAAACCCAAGUUUCAUGUGUUCUGCAUCGACUUUGGAGGAACCGAAGUCGUUACUAUUGACAAAUUACGUCUGCUACCCCCCGCGCGCCUGCACUCCCCGCCACCGUUCGCAAUCAACUGCGCGCUCGCUAACUGCCAGCCGAAGAACGGCACUUGGACCAGCGAUGAUGCUAUCCUCAUACAGCAUAUAAUAGACAACAAGCAAGCGGUGAUCCACGUGCACCGCAUCCGCUCGAUGUCGGCGAACAGCGUGACGCUGGAGGUGGACGUGACCACGUUCGAGCACGGGCUCAGCGUCGCGCACGCGCUGCACUUCCACGGCCGCGCGUACUUGCCCGAUCGGAUGCCGUACCCAAAGGCGAUAGGAGUAAUUGAGAAACCGCGGAUUUUUAUCAGUAACAAUGACUUCAAGUUGAAUUCUGUGGAGGAAGUCUACAUUACACAUGUUGUAAGCCCCGACCACUUCUUUGUGCGAAUGCGUCAUUUGCAAAGCGUUUACGAGAAAUUAUGUGAAGAUUUAGAUCGAGACUACAACGCAAACAUUCAAACUCGAAGUAUUUAUCUCCCGGAAAAAGGUAUGGUGUGCGUGGUGAACGUGGAGCGGUGCGGGUCGGGCGGGUCGGGCGGGUCGGGCGGGGCGGGCGGCGCGGGGCGCUGGGCGCGCGCGCAGGUGGCCGAGCUGCCCGGGCGCGGCCGCGUGCGCGUGGCGCUGCUGGACACGGGCGCCGCGCUGCUCGCGCACUGGACCGCGCUGCGCCGGAUCGCGCCGCACUACACUACGCUGCGCGCGCUGGCAACUGAAUGUCAUUUAGCCGGUGUCACGCCCACAAACAAGCAGUGGAAUACCGCUUCGGUCGCUCUGUUGAAGAAAUUCGAAGGUCGCGUCCUGGACCUCCAUGUUGAAGACCAAAGAAACAGAAAUUCGCUCGGCGUCACCCUGUACGACAAGACGGACGAAGACAAUAUUAUGUGCGUCAACGAGCUUAUGAUCAAACAUAAGUUCGCUGUUACAUUCGGAGUAUUCAUGUUCAACAAAAACUUUCACAAUGAAACUCAAGUGAACACACAGAAAUCACCAAUCAAAGAAAAGAGGCAACCUGAAGAAAAUAUCAAAGCAAUAUUAAAAAGAACGACUCCUACUGAUCCAAAAAAGCAACAGUCAAUUAAAGGUCUAGAGGCAAAAGAUAAAGGUCCAUUGAGAUUGGAAGUUAAAGUGUUGAAUUAUCAAUCUCCGUCAUUACUCUACGUAUCAUUGGUGCAACAACAAAAAGCGUAUAACGAGCUGUUUGAAAAGAUCCAAAAGUAUUAUACGAAGAAGAAUGAGAAGUCGACACAGAACUGGAACGUCGGUGACAAAUGCUGCACUAUUUGCAUACAGUCCAAAACAUGGCGGCGCGCCGUAAUCCUGGAAAUAGCCGACGACAAUGCUAAAGUGUUUUAUUCCGACUUUGCGUGUGUUGAAACAGUUCCUUUACAGAGUCUCCGAGAAUUAACGCAAGAGUUUAUGUCUGUGGGUGGUGGGGCUAUUAUGUGCCAUUUGUAUGGUGUAAUGCCAGCUGUAGGAGAGGAAUGGCCUUCUCUCACAAAGGAGUAUCUGAAAGAACUCCUCGAUGCUUACCAAAGAAUAUUUAUCACGAAAACGGGAAACUUUAUGGGCAAGAGUAUGCCUGUUGAAUUAUGGGUUUAUCAUACAAUUCAAGGUGGUGCGCUCGAACCUAACAUCUCCGAAUGGCGUUGCCUCAACAAGAAAAUCAUUGAGCAAGGUCUCGGUAUUCCAGACAAAUCUGAGGAGCUAUUGCUUGUUGACGAAAGCACCGACCAAAGAGACGAUACUCUAUCGUUCCUCAACGACACCGGCUCAGUCAAAGACUUUCUUCAGUUGGACCCGAUAACUUCCAAGUCACCAAAUAAAUCCUUCUCCAGCGGCGCUAACUCGCCCAUACAAGACGAAGAGGAAGAUCAAUCGAAUGAAGAAAAACCAGAUGCAUCUAAUACAGUUUUUAUAUCCGAUUGGCUACCGCCAGAACCUUUACAGAACAAAGAAUUCACAGCUAUGCCGACGUAUAUCGAUAUUGAUGGCGUGGUGUACCUUCACGACGUCACCCAACAGGAUACAUUAGAUUUAAUAAGAAAAGCACUCGAUGUUCGUUUUAAAAAUCCUGACCCAAAAGCAAAGUACACAAAAUGGACUGUGGGCGAACCAUGUAUCGCAUUGUUUUACUUAGAUAAUCGCUUUUAUAGAGGCAAGGUUUUAGAGGUUAAUAACGAAACUUCUAGUUGUUUAAUACAUUAUGUUGAUUAUGGAAACGAGGAACUAUGCUCGUUUGAAAAUUUAAGGAAGAGCGUGGCCCUAUACCAAAUUCCAAUACAAGCCCACAAAUGCAUACUAGAUCGUAUCAAGCCAGUGGACAAAAAAUGGAACAGGCAGACCCUGGAUUAUAUUCACAAAUCGAUCGUUGAAAAGCAAUGUUUCGUAAAAAUUACGGGCGAACCUAUCGGAGGACUCAUACCGAUCGAUCUGAAAUUCGACAAGCUUUGGAUUAACGAUCAUCUAGUGGAAUUCGAAAUGGCGGAAUACACUGAUGGUUCAAAAGCAGUUGUCCGAAAAUUCGUACCAAAUAUACAACAACAAGAACGUUGCGAGAAAGUUAUUAAUGAAUCAGAUUCAGGACCAGACUACAUCAUCGAGGCAGACGACAAUAAAUCUAUGGAAUCUAUUAGAUCAAUGCCGUUGGAAGAUUUCGCUCAAAAAGAUUGGAAUCAACUCAUGGAAGAAGAGGAAAAUGAUUCACCUACAGGAGAGUUUGUUGCAUUUCCAAUGAAUACGGAAACCGAAUUCGUAUGUAAUAUUACUUUUGUAAAAGAUGUUAACAAACUCGAGCUAAGCAUAGUCUUUGAUGAAGCCAAAACCUCAUUAUAUGAUAAAAUGUUUAAAGAAUUACAAGAAGAUUGUGUCGAAAUGAACGCUCUUAAUGGGAUAUUCGAGAAUAAGCCCUGUGUUGCUAUUUUCCCUGAAGAUGGCCUCUGGUAUAGAGCUAUUAUUUUGCGUUACAGUGAAAUAAAGGGGCUUAUCAAAGUUAAAUAUGUCGAUUACGGAAAUGAAGACGUAGUUUCGUUGGCUGAUGUACGCGAAAUUACUGAAAAAUAUUUGGAACUACCUCCAGCCACUAUAAGUGCUCAAAUUUAUGGAAUUGUAGUUAAUCCCGAUAUUAACGUAAAAGACGUUGGAAAAGUAUAUCAAGUAUUGUUUGUUGAAAGUGGUCCGUUUCAAACUAGGAUUGUUGAUUACGAAAAUGAUGUUCCAUGUGUUGAAUUAAGAAACAAUGAAGAUCAAUUAGUAUAUGAAGGUCUUUUUGAAAAGAAAAUAUUUUUAAAGGCCUAAAUGUUUUAUAUUUUAAGGCGCUAUUAUUCCUUUUUCACUGUGACAACAAUCUAAAAUUAUUUUAUAUUGACUUAAUAUUAAGUAAAUUAGAUUACUUGCCAUAUCCCAUGGUUAUAAUUGUUCUGUACAAGUAAGACUUGAUUUUUUCAUUAAAGAUAUAUUUCAAAAUUAA